AUGGAGAUUCUCAAGCCUGCUGCUCUCGGACUGCUCGGGGGGGCCCCUCUGAGAGCGCUGAUCCUGCCCUGCGGCCCAGCGGGCCUCACCUACACCACCGGCAGGUCGACUGAUCGCGCCGACCGCCUUGUGGCGGAGGCUGCGGACCCCCCGCUCGAAAACGAGUUUUCAUCUGACGACAGUGUUAUAGACCCCAAUUACAACCAGGAUACUAAAAAUAUUUCUGCCUCUGAUUAUGACGAAUACGAAAUUAUUUCCAAUAAACGUAAAUUUGCUAAAAAUGAUUUACAGUCGAAGAGAUCAAAAUACGAAAAUGAUGUUCAACUUGCCCGAAAAACGUCUUACCAACAAAAAAAAGUAUCACCUAUGAUCAUCUAUGAUAUACCAUCCAAUGAAAAAACCACUCCCUUUUUAAGGAAUCGUUCUCUGAGUAAUUCUUCUUCGAGUGGAUCUUCGUCGAGUGGAUCUUCGUCGAGUGGUUCUUCGUCGAGUGGUACCUCGUCCAGUGUUUCUACAUCGAGUGGUUCUUCACGCAGUUGUUCGCCUAAUACCAGGCCUUUGGCAGACAAUCAAACCACUGAUACUCAGAUUUCUGACAAACCUUUGGUGCCCUCAUUAUCGUAUUUGUGCCGAAAAAAAGUAUCUGCAAGCAAGACCUCUUCAGGCUCUGAAACCAACACUAACUCAUAUAAUUCUUCAUCUCAAAACGAGCUACCAGCAGCAAUUAAGGCAGUAUGUGAAACACAUGUUACUAACCCACAAAUGAACGAAUUUUUUUCUGUUGAAAGCGAAAUACUGCCUGCACAUUUACAACAAGAUAUUGCCGAAGUAUCAACAUCGCAUCUUCAUCGUCAAAAUGAAGUUUUACGUGAAGUUGAAAAUGCGUCACAAAGUACUGAUCCGAACAGAAAAUCCCGCAAAAAAAAGCGGACCCCAGCAACUGGAGAGCAAAUAAAGCAAAACAGUUGA